AUGCUCAACGCCCCGCGGACAGCAGCGCUCCUGAGGCCCUCCUCCCUCCUCACCUCCCUCCGCCAAUGCGCACCAAGACCAGCCCUACCACCCCCGCGAUACCUUCACCAGACCGCCGCAGCGAGAUCAGUGCCGGCUACUGCAGCCCGCCGAGCCUACUCCUCCGCCGCGUCGCCCGUAAAAGAAGAUGACGACCUCCCAUCAAUGACCCCCGCCGAGCUCUCCAUCGCCGAGCAGCUCUCCUCCAACGAGACCCUCUCCCCGACCACCUCCCUCCUCGUCCGCGACGUCUCGGGCGGCUGCGGCUCCAUGUACGCCAUCGACAUCGUCUCCCCCAAAUUCAGGGGCAAGACCCUCCUCGCCCAGCAGCGCCUCGUCACCAAGGCCCUCGGCGACCGGGUCAAGGAGUGGCACGGCGUCCAGAUCCGCACGAGCGUCCCGUCCGAGUAG